AUGAGCUCCAUCCUUCUGCAAGUCACCUGUAGCAUCCUGGCUUGGCUUUCUCUCUACAGUGGCUUCUGGUGUCGAAACAAGCACCGCACUCCAGAAUGGAGCUGCCGAAUGGUCACUUUCUUGCAUGGCUUGAUUGUCACUUUCCUUUCUGGCUACACUGUCUUCAUCGAUGGUCCCUGGCCGCUGACUCAUGCAGGCCACCCAAACACGCCACUCCAGGUGUUUCUCAUCUGCCUGUCGCUAGGCUAUUUCAUCUUUGACUUCUGCUGGUGCAUCCUCUUCAACAGCGAGAGCGAUUUGAUGCUCUCUCACCACUUCCUAAGCAUGUGUGGCAUGACACUUGCCUUGGACACCGGCAGGUCAGGCUCUGAACUCAAUGCCAUCAUCUUUGUGAGCGAGGUCACUAACCCUUUUUUGCAAAUGCGCUGGUUCCUGCGAGACAGCGGAUGCCACCACAGCUUAAUUGGGGAUGUGGUGGAUUACUCGUUUGUGACUCUCUUCCUGGGACUGCGGAUUGUUGGGGGAGCAUGGAUUGUGCAUUCAGUGAUGAAUUCACCCAAGACAAUUGUGACACUCAAGGGUGGAAUCCUAGCUAUGUAUGCAGUGUCCGUCAUAUUUAUGCUGGACAUCUUAAGUUUUGCCAGGAGGAAAACGACCAAGAAAUACCAGGCUCGGAGAAGUGAAAGAACCAAAGAAGAUCAUGCCAAGAGAAACUGA